AUGUCUUUACAAAACUGGUUGAAGACGGGUUCUUUAAAGAGAAAAAAAGAUGAGAAAGAUGACCAUUCUGAUACAGAAAAAUUAACUCCAGAUAUAUCCUCUCCCAUUCAAAAUGAACCAGAUCCAGAAAUAAGGGAAACACCAGAGCCGAGUACUAGUAAAAAGUCCACUCUAAUGUCAGUUAGUAGUCAAAAGGGGCUUGACCCAGCUAUAUUUCUUAUUGAAAACCAACAUAGUACAGAUGAACAGAAAUUGGCGAUGCUAAAAGAUGCUGACGAAAUAUCUAAUGUUUAUCCUAAAAAAGGGGGGAGACGAUAUUUGCCAUCUUGGGAAUCCCAGUUUCCAUGGUUAAGAUAUUCCUGUACGGAAGAUGCUGCAUAUUGCAAGUAUUGUGUUGUUUUUCGGGAUGAAGGUGGACUUUUUAGCAGUAAAGGUUUCACGGACUGGAAAAAUGCAGUGGGUAAUAAAAGAUCAACUUUAAAAUCACAUGAUGACUCCGUUGACCAUAGAAAUGCAGUUGAGAAGGCUGAAAAUUUUAUCUCUGUAUGCGAAGGCAAGAAACCUAGUAUAUGUUCAUCAUUAAGCAAAGCAUAUGAAGACAAGGUCAAGAAAAAUCAUGAUAUACUUCUUUCCAUAAUUGAUGUGAUAAUCGUGUUAGGGCAGAGGAACAUUGCAUUAAGGGGAAAUUGGGAUAAAAUAUCUCACCAGGAAGACGGAAACUUUCAAUUUUUUAUCAAUUGGAAAUCUAACUUUGAUACGGUAUUAAAAGAUCAUCUCGAAACAGCACACAAAUCUAUGACAUACCUAUCACCACAGAUUCAGAACGAAUUGAUACAAUGCUGUGAACUUGAAAUAAGAGAACGAAUUGUGCAAAAAUGUAAAGCAUCUGGUUUUUAUUCCAUAAUGGCCGAUGAAACUACGGAUGUUUCCGUGACAGAGCAACUAUCGCUGUGUAUCAGAUAUGUUGAUAAUGACACGUAUGAGGUUAGAGAGGAUUUUUUAGGAUUUGUUGAACCUAAGGAAGUUGACGCUGAACAUAUUGCUAAUGCAAUUGUUAGUAACCUAGACAAAUGGGGACUACCAUUGCAGAAACUGCGUGGACAAGGGUACGAUGGAGCCUCUGUCAUGAGUGGACAUGUAUCAGGUGUACAACAGCGCAUACGUGAACAAUGUCCAGAUGCACCCUUCGUGCACUGCAAGUCGCACAACCUUAACCUUGUGGUGUCACCGUGA